AUGAGAGGGACGAGGGAACUGCUGCUGAAGACGCUGUUGGUGCUAAUCUUUUUGUCUUCCUUGUACAUCUGGUAUAUGUGGUGCAGCGACAGUUCUGUACCACACAGCCUCCCACAGCCUGCUGCAGGGAAGCCUGUGUCCGACUCGUCUGGGACAUGCAAGAACUGCAGAACAGAACUCACAAUCGACCAGGAGGUGAAGCUUUAUAAUUCUGAAUGGAAGAAAGAGGGGAACAAUUUCAACAAGUUCAGGUCUCAGCUGACCAGCUGGUGCCAUGGGAUCACCAAAGCCAUCAUCACACAAGCUAAUACUCCAGUGGGGACUGAAGUUGAGUUUGAUGGUGAGAAGAAGAAACUACAGGUGACCCCAAAGCUCUUCAGCACAUUCAUAAAGGAUCAGCCCUUUGAGAAUGUGACGUGGGAGACGUGUGCUGUGGUAGGGAAUGGGGGGAUCCUUGUCAACAGCAGUUGUGGAGAGGAGAUUGACUCUGCCCAGUUUGUCAUCAGGUGUAACCUCCCUCCUUUGGACAGUGGAUAUGAGAAAGAUGUGGGAAACAAGACAGGUCUUGUGACAGCCAAUCCCAGCAUCCUCUUGGAGAAGUUUGAGGGUCUGAUGGAGCACCGGCGCCCCUUUGUGGAGAGUCUUGGUAUCUACGGGGACUCCUUGCUGCUGCUGCCUGCUUUCUCCUAUGGGCCCAACACACAGGUCUCACUGUACGCUGUCUACACGCUGCAGGACUUUCAGAGCCCGGUCCGGCCAGUCUUCCUCAACCCGGAAUACUUGCGCAGACUGGCUGGGUUCUGGCAGGACCAAGGCCUGCAUGCCAUGCGCCUCAGCACCGGACUCAUCAUGGCCAGCCUAGCGCUGGAGCUGUGCACCAAUGUGCGCCUCUAUGGGUUUUGGCCCUUCCCUCAGCACCCUCACGGGCACCGCCUGCUCACCAACCACUACUACGACGAUCGACAGAGCAAGAAGAAGGUGCAUGACAUGCAUGCAGAGUUUAGGCACCUGCUCCUCCUGCAUCACCAGGGUGUGGUCAAGGUCCACCUAGGAACAUGUGCCUCAAACCUCACAUAAUUCCCUCACCCUGUGCUCCUUGUCCUGAACUGAGCAUGCUUUGGAAUCACCUUUGCUAUAUCAAAUAGUCCCACUCCCAUCAACUCCCACAA